UUGCUACCUUUUUCUCCUUCUUCAGAUACCUCAGCCUCAUCAAGCACCGGAGCAUUUCUCCUUGGACAAUUAGGUGAAUCCAGUCUUUCAGAGUCAACUUCCGAGCCAGGUAUAUCUCACGGACUUGGCAUCUUUGAGCAUGCUACUGAGCCAAUGGGCCCUCUACCUCUAGGAAGCCCUGAGACAACAGCUGCUCUUGCUGCGCUUUGCACAGAUGCUCCUGGGCCCCACUCAUCCUCCUCCAGCGGCACUGGCUUACCUGUUGAUUGGCCUGAAGAAGAGGAGGAGAAGUACACUACUAUGCUUCAUCUACUUCAAGAACAGCAACAGCAAAUACAAAACCAACAAGAUAUUCCAGGUGGUGACGAGACUGCUCCUUCAGGAGCUGGUUUAUUUGAGCAGAGAUCGAUGACUUCUGGUGGGUUCAUUGGACGGGGAGAUAAAUCAUUGUCACCCACGUUACCAUUGCAGGACCAGUCACAGCAUCCACGGUUUCCCGGUACUAGUGAGGAUUCUACCAAAAUUGAAGGAAUUGAGGAGGCAGGUAGGUUGGCAGAAAUCGCAGGUUGUCGGGAAAUACUUGUUUCUAAUAAUAUUAAACUAUUAGAGAUAUAA